AUGUUGGCAGCUUUGGCUCAUUUGCAGGAGUUUGGUUCGCCAGCUAGAGAGGCUCAGUGUUCACUUCUUCUACUUCUAGGGUCCACACUAUUCGCAGAUACGAGUAAGUACCGCGUGUCUUCUGUUAUCAACUUGUUUGUGACGAGGCCGGAGAUGCUGAGAGAGUAUGCGGUGGGGGCUGGAGCACUUGCUUAUCUGUACAGGCAGCUUGGUAUUGCCUCGCGGGCGGAGGCUAAGGAAGUGGCGGGUUGUCUGACUUUACUAUAG